AUGGCAGUCCCUGAUAGAAACCUGCGCGAGAUUCCCACCGACGUCCUCGAAGACAAGCAGCAUGCUGUUUCCGACGCCAAGGACAUGGCCGCACUCGAGUCGGCCUCUGCCAGCGAGGAUUCCGGGACCGAGGAAGCCGAAGAGAAGGACCUUGCCGAGAACCCCUUCCUCGACCCACACGUGGCGGCCCACUGGCGGCAAGUCUACGACGAGGCGCAGUACGAGUGCCGCCAUGUCUUCGACCCGACCCUGACGUGGACGGAGGAGGAGGAGAAGAGGGUCAUCCGCAAGCUGGACUGGCGCAUCUGCACCUGGGCCUGUGUCAUGUUCUUCGCGCUCCAGGUCGACCGCGGGAAUCUGCAGCAGGCGUUGGCCGAUAACCUUCUCGACGACUUGGGGCUCAACACCAAUGACUACAACCACGGGACGGUGAUAUUCCUAGUCGCGUUUCUUCUCGCUGAGCUGCCGUCGCAGCUGGUCUCCAAGAAGCUCGGCCCCGACCGCUGGAUCCCCAUCCAGAUCGUCCUCUGGUCCGUCGUGGCCAUCUCGCAGUGUGUCAUGAAGAACCGUUCAGGCUUCUUUGCGACCCGUGCGCUCCUUGGCUUGCUGGAGGGCGGCUUCAUACCUGACAUUGUGCUAUGGCUGUCAUACUUUUAUACGUCCCGUGAGCUUCCGAUCAGGUUGAGUUACUUCUGGACAACAUUGUCGGUGACAACGAUAGCGACCUCGUUGCUCGCGUUCGCUCUGCUGCACCUGCGAGGCGUCCAUGGCUGGGCCGGCUGGCAGUGGCUGUUUCUCGUCGAGGGCCUCAUCACCCUGGUGAUCGGACUCGUGUCCUUCUUCAACAUGCCCGCAUCGGCUGUGCAGACCAAGGCCUGGUUCCGCCCCAAGGGCUGGUUCACCGACAAGGAGGUCGCCAUCGUGGUCAACCGCGUCCUCCGGGACGACCCGUCCAAGGGCGACAUGCACAACCGCGAGGCCAUCACCCCUCGCCGUCUGUGGGAGGUGCUCAAGGAGUAUGACCUUUGGCCGCUGUACGCCAUCGGCAUCAUCUGCUUCAUCCCGCAGGGCCCUGUCAACGCCUACCUGACAUUGACGCUGAGGACGCUGGGCUUCAAUCCGUUCACGACAAACCUGCUGACAAUUCCGAAUACAAUAUUCCACAUCAUCACGCUUCUCCUGCUUACCCGCGUGUCCGAGUGGCUCAACCAGCGAGCCUUGGUCGCAGUGCUGCAGAACGUCUGGACGCUGCCCUGCAUCAUCGCCCUGCGCUUCUGGCCGGGCGUCAUCAAGGAUCCUUGGGGCACAUACGCCCUCAUCACCGUCCUGCUGUCAUACCCUUACUGCCACGCAAUCAACGUAGCAUGGGUCUCCAAGAACGCCAACAACGUCGGCACGCGAACCGUCGCCUCGGCAUUGUACAAUAUAUCGGUGCAAAUCGGCCACGUAAUCUACAGCUUCAUCUACGUGGACCACGACAAGCCCUACUACCGCGACGGCAACACCAAGCUGCUGGCCAUCAACAUCCUGUCCAUCUUGCUGUUCCUCUCCACCAAGGCGUACUAUGUGUGGCGCAACAAGCAGAAGGAUGUGACGUGGCGCGCCAUGACCGAGGCGGCGCGGGCCGACUACGUGCGCAACAGCCCGGAAAGGGGCUGUAAGCGGUUGGACUUUCGGUUUGCGCACUGA